AGGGGAAGGGCAGCGGCAGCAUCAGAUCAGGUGAACAAGAUCGAAAAUUUUGAAAACCAUAAUGUCUGAAGCCACUGAGGACUGGACGGUAGAAUGUUCAGACGAUGAACGCUACUCUGCUAGAGAUGAACAGUCAAGUAGCUGGAUCCCUGUGGCCAGUGAAAUUAAGAAAUUGUUUGAAACCCUGGAUAAGAACCAAAUAUUAGACCUUUCUUGGCAAUGCCCAGGAAAAAGAAACCCAAAAUCAGACGAAAGGGACCUAGAAACUAACGAAUUUGAGGAAGAAGAGGAAACUCCAAACAACACCGACUUUGACUUUGCUGACGAAACAGCCACUCCAAAACUCAGACGUGCCAUGGAUAAUUCUGGCAGGGGUUCAGCGAGAAAGAAAACCACGAGUUUAGACUCAGUGCUGUCAAAUAUGAGAAGACACAGGCAACUCGAAGAGUCCGAAAGAAAAGAUUGAUAUUUUUCUAGGUGUGUUGUGUAAUUAUGCAAAUCAAGUGUGCGUUUUUAUAUACUCAUUUUAUUCAAAUUUCUAAAUCGUCAUCUGGAUCAUAAUCAUCCAUUUCAUCCCAUGUGUCGGAUUCUUCAGGCUCAUAUUCAAUUUUUCCUUGUCCUCGUAGGGGCAGAUUGUCUCUAAAUAAAGCAACAAAACAAAUA